CAGCUCGCCACGUGCUUGCAGUUUCAAAAUCGGCGUUCCGCGUGAGCUUCGACGAACGCCAUGCCGAGAAAGAAAAUUCAGAAGAUUCCCUGCAGUUCAUUUUACCGCAGAAGAGAUCCGCAAACGCUCAACGACAUUCUAAACCAGAUUGACGCUGGGGAAGAUGUACCGUCUACGGUGGCCAUUCUUCCGCCCGAAAAUCACGCGACGGCAGUGACAGAUGAAGAAAGCGGUGAUGAAGAAUGCACCAGCAUGGACCAUCUGCCGGGGAGCACUCUUCGUGCUGAAGUUCUGGGCACUUGUUCAGAGUCAAGUGAGGACGAGAACGACCAGGAGCCACCAGCUAAGCAACAGAAACGACGUGUCAAGUGGGAUAAACGCGAUUUGAACGCGAGUUUCCCAACUCGCCACUCGCGUGAUUCAGACUCCGCUGAAGGAGCACCGCUAACUCCAGUAGAGGCAUUUGAAAAAUUUUUCGAUGAUGAAGUCAUCAACCUGCUUGUUGCAAACACCAACACCUAUGCACAACAGAAGAAUCGGUUGUUGAACGUGAACGCAGGUGAGAUGAGAUGUUUUCUCGGCAUUCUGCUUCUUAGUGGCUAUGUGCCGGUUCCAAGGCGUCGCAUGUUGUGGGAAAACUCACGUGAUUCUCAUAAUGAACUCGUCGCGAACUCUAUGAGGCGGGACCGAUUUGAAGCCAUUUUCACCAACCUACAUGUGGCUGACAACAACAACCUAGUACAAGAAGACAAAUUCACAAAACUGCGACCACUGUUUAGGCUCUUGAAUGAACGGUUUCUGUUGUAUGCUCCAUUACUAGACUGCUUCAGCAUUGAUGAAAGCAUGUGCGAGUACUUCGGAAAGCAUGGAUGCAAGCAGUUUAUGAAAGGGAAACCAAUCCGAUUUUGCUAUAAGUUGUGGUGCAUUUGCACCCCAUUGGGCUAUUUGCUUUCUGUUGAGCCCUACCAAGGGAGGUAUGGCGUCAAUGUAGAUGAUAAAAACAAGCUUGGUCUAGGAGGAUCUGUUGUUACAGAAAUGGUGUCCAGGUUGAAAGAAAGGCUUGAUUACUGUUUUCAUGUGUUCUUUGACAACUUCUUUUCAAGUCUCAAACUUGUUAGAAUGCUUUCAUCAAUGGGUGUCAAGUGCACAGGCACCGUGCGGGAUAACCGAAUAGAAAACUGUCCCAUCCUGACACAGAAAGAAAUGAAAAGCAAGAAUCGAGGCUUCUACGAUUACAAAGUCGACGCUGAAUCUGAAAUUAUUGUAUGUCGCUGGAAGGACAACAGCACAGUGACCGUCGUCUCAAAUGCUCACGGGGUCGAGCCAACACAAAUGGUGAAAAGAUAUUCGAGAGAAAACAAGUCCAAAGUCACGGUGGAGCAGCCGUUCUUGAUUUCGAGCUAUAAUGGCAACAUGGGAGGAGUUGACAGACUAGACCAAAAUAUUUCAAAGUACCGCACAGCCAUUCGAGGAAAGAAGUGGUAUUCUUCACUCCUGACAUAUCUGGUUGAUGCAUGUGUGAAUAAUGCAUUCCAGUUGUACAGAAUUGGAACGACCAAAACAGAGCUCCUCACAUUUCGAAGGAUGAUAGCGAUGUCGUAUAUGAAGAGUUAUGGCACCAAGCCAUUGCGUGGAAAAAGCCGGCAAUCUUUACUGGAAGCCCAAAGCCGAUUUGACCGCAUUGACCACACAGUGAUUCCUCAAGAGAAGCAAACAAGGUGUGCUCAUUGCCAUGAGAAGACCACAACACGUUGUGAAAAAUGCGACAUCGGAGUCCAUGUGAAAUGUUUCAAAUUGUACCACUCAAAGGAGUAGUAUAUGUGCCUAGUGUCCUAUAUGUAGGACGGCUACAAAAACGCAGUUCGAAAAAAUUUUUUUUUGAAUAAAAGGUUGAUUCCACUUUCUGAGGUACCAGAAGCAAUUAUUACGGGAAAAUAAAUCAC